AUGGCUUCCACAGCCAAAUCUUCCACAUAUAAUUGUAGUCUAUGUUAUCACCUUGAUCGCAGCAGUGUGCAUUGUUUAUCGUUUGAAUCGUUUGCCGGCUGGUGUUUAGUAGAAGUGAAAAUUUUGGUGGUUCUCGAUUUUUUGGAAAAAUGAGCGAGCCAGAGCUUGCAAAUGACAACAACGAAGUCCGUUAUCGUUCCUGAUCUCGUUCCUGUAGUCCGCAGGCACGUCGUUUGUGGGUUCAGGACUUAUUCCUGAACCGAAACGAAACCGGCAACCGGCUACUGACCGACAUCACGACAUCGGGUAUAUACGAGACGAUGAACCGAUUUUUAAGGAUGAAGAAGGAAGAUUUCUUCCAUUUACUGUCCCUUGUUGGUCCAAAAAUUGCGAAAAUGGACACAGAUUUCCGCAAAGCAAUCACGGAACAGGAAAGGCUGCUGAUAACAUUGCGGUAUCUUGCGACUGGAGAGACAUUUACCAGCCUACAAUACGUGUUUCGGGUGUCGAGGCAUUCUAUCAGCAGAAUAGUUAAAGAGACGUGCGCAUGUCUUAUCGAGGCUUUGCGGGAUUAUGUCAAGCUACCCUCUACCGAAGAAGAAUGGCUUGCAAUCUCAAGACGAUUUGAGCAGCGCUGGAGAUUUCCUCACGCAAUAGGUGCAAUCGAUGGGAAGCACGUUGAAAUUAUUUGCCCUCGUAAUAGCGGAUCCGAAUAUCACAACUAUCAAAAUUUUUUUAGUAUUGUAUUAAUGGUUGUGGUCGAUGCUGAUUAUAACUUUUUAUGGGCAGAUGCUGGUGGUAAGGGAGGAAUAUCGGACGGUGGAAUAUUUAAAAACACACGGCUAUAUCACAAGUAGUUAUAUAGUGAAGUGGAGAAGUGAAGGGGGCUUGACCGAUCUCCAAAACAUUGCUUCCCGACCUUCAGAAAAUCUUGCUGACAUAAGGAACCACAUUGCAAACCAUUUAAAACAUAAUCGUUUUACGUAAAUCCAUCCAACCAAUACCAUGGAUAAUAAAAUUAAUAAUAAAUAAUGAAAUCGCAAA